GCAGCUCACCCCAUCCGAAUCAUGGCGAGCAACCAGCCCCUCCUCGAGAAAAAGCAGGUCCAGGCCAAACGGUCGCCGCAGACCUUCGCAUCCACGGCAUGGGCCUACUUCCGCCUCACCCGGCUGCACAAAUUCCCAGCGGGGUCCGACCUCAUCUUCUGGCCCAGUGCCUGGGGUGUCAUGUUGUGCGCGCGGACCGAGGAUCUCGAAAUAACUACCGUUUGUGCUAUGAUACUCCUCUAUGCCCUCGGUGGCACGUUGCGCCAUGGCGCCGGGUGUUGCUGGAACGACAUUUGCGACGUUGAGUUCGAUCGUCAAGUUGAGCGAUCGAAGAGCAGACCCCUGGCAAGCGGUGCGAUAUCUAUGACUGGCGCCUUAGCGCUAUUCGCCGCACACUACGCCGUUCUCUACUACCUUCUCACACUUGCCGGAGACGAAGCGUUCAAAGUCGGUCUCGUGGGGCUCUACAUCGUUGACCUCAUCUACCCUCUCAUGAAGAGAUUCACGCACUGGCCGCAAGCUAUCCUUGGCCUCGCUAUGACGUGGGGUCUGCCCACCGCCUGGGUCUCCAUCCGCGGCUAUUCUGACAUUGAUGCUGCGGUCGUCUUGUACUUCGGCGGUGUCUGCUGGACUAUCUACUACGACACCAUCUACGCCUGUCAAGACCGCCGCGACGACAUCAAGGCCGGUGUGAAGUCCACUGCGGUCCUGUUUGGAGAUUGGAUCCGCCCUAUCCUAUCCUUUUUUGCCGCCUGCUUCGUCGCUUCGCUCGUUUACGCGGGGGUCAUCACCGAGGCUGGCUGGCUGUACUACACUAUCACCGUCGGAGGGGCUGCCGCUUGCUUUGCCAAGCAGAUGCUCACUAUCGACUUCGACAACGGGGAACAAUGCUGGCAGGCGUUCAAGACGAACGGUACCCUCGUUGGCUUUCUGGUUUGGGCGGGGAUGGCGGCAGACUACGCCGCUGCGGUCGGGCUUAUCUCGCUGUGAUUUUGGAACAAUAUCUAGGGCCUUCUGACAUUCACAUUCUCCCAAUACCUGCCAACACUCCCCGCACCUGAGCCUCGUCUCUUUCAAGUUGUACCCAUCUUUAAAUUCCACCUUGUCUUACAUGUUAUAAUGUCACGAAUAUAAA